UGUGUGAGCUUGUUCCCACCAGGGCUCCCCGCCUCACAUUGUUUCUCUCUCCAGGGCCAGGCCGCUCUGUGGUGGCAGUGGCUGGCGAUGGCCCAGGCUCCCAUGGAGGAGGAGGAGUGUCCCGAGCUGAUUCCCAUAGAGGAUCAGGAGGUUGCGGGAGAAGAGGCUGAACUCAGCCACGGCACCAAGAUCCCAGUCACUAUCAUCACAGGCUAUCUAGGUGCUGGGAAGACAACUCUUCUUAAUUAUAUUUUGACAGAACAACAUAACAAAAGAAUAGCAGUUAUUCUAAAUGAGUUUGGAGAAGGAAGUGCCUUGGAAAAAUCCUUGGCUAUAAGUCAAGGUGGAGAACUCUAUGAAGAAUGGCUGGAGCUCAGAAAUGGUUGCCUGUGCUGUUCAGUAAAGGACAAUGGCUUGAAGGCUAUUGAGAACCUGAUGCAGAAGAAGGGAAAGUUUGACUACAUAUUACUAGAAACUACUGGAUUGGCAGAUCCAGGUGCUGUGGCCUCCAUGUUUUGGGUUGAUGCUGAACUAGGAAGUGACAUAUAUCUUGAUGGUAUUGUGUCUGUUGUUGAUGCUAAGUAUGGACUGCAGCAUUUGACAGAGGAAAAACCUGAUGGCCUUAUCAAUGAAGCAACUAGGCAGGUUGCACUAGCUGAUCUAAUAAUCAUCAAUAAAACAGAUUUGAUUUCACAAGAAGAACUGAAUAAAAUAAGAACAGCUGUCAGGUCAAUAAAUGGACUUGUCAAAAUUUUAGAAACUCAAAGAUCAAGAGUUGAUCUCUGUGAAGUUUUAGACCUGCAUGCUUUUGACAGCUUAUCUGGGAUAAGUUUGCAGAAAAAGCUGCAGCAUGUGCAGACUACACACCCACACCUAGAUAAGAGUAUUGUUACAGUUACGUUUGAAAUAUUAGGAAACACAACUGAAGAAAAUCUAAAUGAAUUUAUUCAGAAUCUUCUGUGGGAGAGGAGUGUGAAAGACAAGGCUGGUCAUCCCAUGGAAGUCAUAAGACUCAAGGGGUUGGUGUCUAUUAAAGACAAAUCUCACCAGGUGAUUGUCCAAGGUGUCCAUGAACUAUAUGAUCUAGAAGAAACCACGGUAAGCUGGAAAGAGGAUGAUGAAAGAACAAACAGAUUGGUUCUAAUAGGCAGGAACUUGGAUAAGGAUAUCCUUAAACAAGUAUUUAUAGCUACCAUGACAGAAACAGGAAAACAGUUGACAUCACACCACAAAGAAGAAGAAAAAUCUGUCCUUAACACUGCAAACUUUUAUAAUAAUGGAUGACAUGCAGUACAGUAGCUUCAUUUUGCUCUUGCAGUUUAUACAACUGUUCAGCUCUGAAUUUGACGUUACUACUGUUACGAAUUCCAAAUCAUCUAUUGUUUAAAUAUUUGCAUUUUUGUUACAGAAUAAAAUAGAGUAAAUUAGUGUGUCUAAAAUUUUGGCAUGUGUUUUAAAUGAUGUAAUAAUAAUAUCAUAUGUAUUCACAUAAAUAAUUAAGUUUUUUUUUCUGAU